AGAAGCGAAAACCUCUAACGAUGAAAAGAAUCGAAAUCUCCGAAGCUCCAAGCUUUUAAAAACCCUACUCACUUCCCCUCAUCAUCAUCAUAAUCAUCAUCUCUCUUCUCGAAAACCCUAGAAAAAUUCCAAUGGAUCCUCUAACGGCGCUUCGCGACUUCACGAUGCGCAACGAGCUCGACAAGAUCGUCCCUGAAGAUCCUGCCCUAGUUGAACUCUCCGCCGCUGACGUCAGCAAUCAGAUCGAUCCUCUCGCCUCGGCGCCCGAUCGCGUUGUUGAUUACGUCUCCAUGAUCAGGUCUCUUGAGCGGCCGCUGAAAGAUCGGGAAACUCUUAUGGAGUGUAAAAAUCGCGACUUUUACACGGUUCUUGUUCAGUCGACGAAGAGGGAGGAGGAGCGCCAGAGGAUCGAGUCGCAGCAGCGAAAGGAUGGGCUUGUGGCCAAGAGUAGGUUGAUCGGGAGUGAUGCGUCGGGGAUUGAUGUUAUUGAGAAGCCCAAGAUUCAUUUGAAAGGGAGUAAGGUUGGGGAAGGGGUGCCGAUUAUUCUGGUGCCGAGCGCUUCGCAGACGCUGAUCACGAUUUAUAAUGUGAAGGAGUUUUUGGAGGAUGGGGUCUUUGUGCCGAGCGAGACGAAGAUGAAGGGGAUGAAGGUGGGGACGACGAAGCCGGAUUGUGUGACUGUGCAGAAGAAGCUGAGUAGGGAUCGGGCGGUGGCGGCUUAUGAGGUUAGGGACAAGACUGUAGGGAUUAAGCCGGAGGACUGGGAUCGGGUUGUGGCUGUUUUUGUGUUGGGGAAGGAGUGGCAGUUUAAAGAUUGGCCCUUUAAGGAUCAUGUUGAGAUCUUUAACAAGAUUAUUGGGUUUUUUGUCCGAUUUGAAGAUGACAGCAUUGAGUCUGCGAAGGUAGUGAAGCAGUGGAAUGUAAAGAUUAUAUCGAUUAGCAAGAAUAAGAGGCACCAAGAUAGAGCUGCUGCACUUGAGGUGUGGAACCGGCUGGAAGAAUUCAUGCGGUCACGCUCACAUACAUAGGCUGCUCUUGUUUUGUAACUGUUCCUGUAUGUCUUUUUUAGGUACAUUUAAAGCUAACUUUAGUGUCUAUGUUUGUCGUAAUGUUGAUUAUAACCUAUUUCAGCUUGUUAAUGUCAAAAAUAUAAUGUUCAGUUUGUAUGUUCGUUAGUUUCUUAGAGUUGAUAAAGUUUUCCUUCUUCUGAAU